AAAAAAAUCUUUCAACUUAAAUCUCCGUAAAUGCGCAUGCGCCAUUGACCGGGCUUCGGGUCGCGCUCUUGCCUGCGUCAUCAGAUUGCGCCUCUAAACUGUCAAUAGCCGACCUUCUCCGCGGCCUCGUCGCUCGACCUGGAGCCAGACGAGGACCUUGAAUGUUUUUCAGUAGCGGUAUUUGAUUUUCUGCAUUUCUUUAAUUGUAAAGACACGCAGCCAUGCCCACAACGCUGGACUAUCCCACGCAGCAGGAGCUGAAGGUGGAUGAGAUCAAUGUGUCAUCUGCGGUGCUGAAGGCUGCUGCCCACCAUUUUGGCUCUCAGUGUGACAAACCCAACAAGGAGUUCAUGCUCUGCCGCUGGGAGGAGAAGGACCCCAGAAAGUGUCUAGAAGAAGGGAGGAAAGUCAACGAGUGUGCACUCAACUUCUUCAGGCAAAUCAAGGGAAACUGUGCCGAGUCCUUCACAGAGUACUGGACCUGUCUGGAUUAUUCAAACAUGCUUGAACUCCGCCGAUGCCGUACGAAGCAACAAGCCUUCGAUAGCUGCGUCCUUGAUAAGCUGGGGUGGCAGAGACCUGAUCUGGGAGACCUGUCUAAGGUGACCAAAGUGGCGACCUCGAGGCCCAUCCCUGAGAACCCCUACCAUUCUAGACCACGCCCUGAGCCCAACCCAACCACCGAGGAUAAACUGGAGCCUGCCAAACAUGGCAGCAGGUUAUUCUUCUGGACCUGGUGAGGUAGCUCGGUCAACUUCCAAAGCCAUGGGCUCUGUCCAAAAACAUCUUGAUUACGUGUGGCCAUUGAUGCAUCAACAAUACUUCCUUCUUUUAAAUGUGUAUGGUCUGCGGGUUGGUUUUGGACAGGACUCAUGUCCUAACAGUCUCUUCAUCAGCUGUACCUCCAGCACAGUCAAACACUUUGAUAAUGGAAGGAAGGAUGGAUGAUUGUGUGAACAAAGUCCAUGAAUCCAUACGGCUUUCCUGACCACUUCUGUAAAUGUAAUGAGUGAACAAAUGCAACAUGCUGUUAUUGUUGUUGUCAAAUAAUAAAAAAAGAUAAAUUAUA